GUGCAGUCUGACUCUGAAGAAGCUGGUCGUGAUGAGGGAACUUGAUAAAGAGCUGAUCUCUGUGGUCAUAGCCGUUAAAAUCCAGGGCUCCAAAAGGAUUCUGAGGUCCCAUGAGAUAGUGCUGCCCCCCAGUGGCUCAGUGGAGACAGAUCUGGCUCUCACCUUCUCACUACAGUACCCGCACUUCUUAAAACGAGAAGGAAACAAGCUGCAGAUCAUGCUGCAGCGGCGGAAGAGGUACAAGAACCGAACCAUCUUGGGCUACAAGACUCUGGCGGUGGGAUCUAUCGACAUGGCCGAGGUGAUGCAGCAUCCGACCGAGGGAGGCCAGGUCCUGCCUCUCUGCAGCAACCAGAAAGACAUGCUGGGGAAGGUGGCGGAGAUCUGGAUCUUUUCUCUGUCCAGUCAGCCGAUUGACCACGAGGAGGCGGCCCUGCAGGACGGACAGAAGAUCAAAUGCUCCGAUAACUACUCGGAGGAGGAGUACGAGAGCUUCUCCUCGGAGCAGGAGGCCAGCGACGACGCCGUGCAGGCACAGGAUCUGGAGGACGAUGAGUACGAUGUGAGGAAGCCAAAGAAGCAAAGGAGGUCGAUUGUGAGGACGCCCUCCAUCACCAGACAGAACUUUAAGCAGCGAGUGGUGGCUCUUCUGAAGCGGUUCAGAGUUUCAGAUGAGGUGCUGGACUCGGAGCAGGACCCUGCAGAGCCGCCUCCUGAGGUGGAGGAGGACCUGGACCUGGACUUGGACAGCGUGGAGUUUGAGAACCCCAGUGACAGCGGCCCAGAGCUGGAUGAUGACGACAGCGUCCUCAGUACGCCCAAACCCAAACUCAAGCCGUACUUCGAGGGUCUCUCCCUCUCCAGCUCUCAAACUGAGAUCGGCAGCAUCCACAGCAGCCGGAGCCACAGGGAGCCUCCGAGCCCGAUUGACCCAGAUAAAACCAAGUGCGGCGGAGGCAAGUUUCCAGAUGAUAGUGUGUCCGAUAACGUCUCCUUUGAGCAGCCGGAGGCGGUGACUCCCACCACGGAGCUGGAGAUGGACAACAUGGACACAUUUCUAGAGAGACUGCCGCCGAGUGGCAAGAUGACCAAGACAGAGUCUCUUAUCAUUUCGUCCAACAGGCAGGAGCCGAAGUUGGCCGGCAGACGAGGCAGGAGCACGUCGCUGAAGGAGCGUCAGCCCAGCAGGCCACUGAACGAGAGGGCCAACAGCCUGGACAACGAGCGGUCCCUGGACACACGCUGCCACCUACAGAUCCCAAGAAAGACAGUUUACGACCAACUGAACCACAUCCUGGUGUCUGAUAACCACCUCCCUGACAGCAUCAUCCUCAUCAACACGUCGGACUGGCAGGGCCAGUAUCUUUCAGACAUGCUUCAAAACCACCAUCUACCCGUGGUGUGCACCUGCACCACCGCAGACAUCCAGGCUGCGUUCAACACCAUCGUCUCCCGCAUACAGAGAUUUUGUAACUGUAACUCCCAGACGCCCAUCCCCAUAAAGAUAGCCGUGGCCGGAGCGCAGCACUACCUCAGUGCAGUCCUGAGGCUUUUUGUGGACCAUCUUUCCCAUAAGACCCCUGACUGGCUCGGAUACAUGAGGUUCCUCAUCAUCCCUUUAGGUGCACAUCCAGUCUCAAAAUAUCUCGGCACUAUUGACUAUCGAUACAACAGUUUGUUCCAGGACGCUGCCUGGAGGGACCUGUUCCUCAGGCCAGAAGCUCCUGUUGUUGCCCAGGAGAGUCCAGACGUGGUCUCGAGGGUCACUCAGUACAUGGUGGGAGCUAACGGAGCUCACCAGCUUCCCAUCGCAGAGGCCAUGCUCACCUACAAACAGAAGAGGAAAAAGAGCUUUCAUUUUGAUUUUGCAGUAAGCCCUGAUGAGGACUCGUGUCAGAAAUUCAUCCCUUUCAUUGGGAUGGUGAAAGUUGGCAUCGUGGAGCAGACGUCUGCGGCAUCAGGAGACUCUGAUGAUGCAGCACCUCUGGGCUCCUCGCUGCUCUCCUCCACACCUCCACAAAUAUCUCCUGCACUCAAAGAGGCGUCGCCCACCCCGCCCUCCUCUCCGUCCGUCAACUCCAGCUUCUGUGCUUACAGCUCUGGCAGUCAUGCGGAGCUGAUGGGGCUUCAGGUGGACUACUGGGUGGCUCCGACAGAAAGGAAGAAAGAUGUAGAGAAGCGAGAUUCCUCCUCCAAAAAUACUCUGAAGUGCAAUUUCCGCUCGCUGCAGGUCAGCCGGCUGCCACUGGGAGGCGCUGAGCCGAGCACCCAGCCCACCAUGUCCAUGACAGUGGUAACCAAGGAGAAGAAUAAGAAGGUCAUGUUCCUGCCAAAAAAGAGCAAAGACAAGGAGGUGGAGUCGAAGAGUCAAGUGAUCGAGGGCAUCAGCCGCCUCAUCUGCACUGCCAAGCAACAGCAGACCAUGCUGAGAGUGCUGAUCGACGGCGUCGAGUGGAACGACGUCAAGUUUUUCCAGCUGGCGGCACAGUGGUCCUCACACGUCAAACAUUUCCCCAUCGGGAUCUUUGGACACUCGAAAGGCCCGUACUAGCACCUAAGAGACACUGAGGACAGCCCCCCCCCGCCCUCCCCUCGCCCUGGUGCCAACAGUUUUUAACCCCCCUUCACCUCACUCUCCCCCGGCACACGUCUUCUAUUCUGCUGUCUUAAUUUAAGCUCCUGCUUCCCUCUGUUGUAUUUGUCCAAUUAUUUAAUCUUUUGCGUGUUUUUUUAAUUUUCUAUUUAUGUAAAAAAAAAAAUGUCCCGAGGCAAAGCUGCUGAGGGAAUAUUUCUUUACUCUGCUUUUUAAAAGAAAAAAUCCUGCUGAUGUUUUAUAGACUUUUGAGAAAAAAAAGCCUAAUUAAAUAAUUAAAUAAUAAUUAGAAAUGACCUCUAACCUUCGACAAACUGUACGAUGUGAGCAUGAUUUUUUUGGGGGGGCGAGGUUGGUUUCAAGCACUUGGCCUCAGCACAAUUAAUCAAGAAUAAAUAAAAAAACGACAAGAGCAACGGAUUUGUAACGAAGAGGUGACGAGCAUCCUGUUUUCUAACCAUGAUGAAGAAACGUGGGACGCUCUUCUUCAGAGACUUGUCGAUUCCUCGUCUUGACCUGAAGAACUAAACAUAAAUGGCCCCUGAACUUUGACCCUCUGCACUAUAUGAAGACGUCUAAUGUGCAAUAGACUGUGUGAAUGCGUUUCCGAUAAUAAUAAUCUGACACUUGGAAGAUUAGUUGUGAUUUUCACUGUACGUAAUCCCCUCUGUUUUUUAAUUUUCUUGGUGAACUGGCUUGAGGUUUGAAGACUUGCUCCAAAAUUUGGUCCAAAAUAUGAGAAGAUAAAGUGAACUUUUAGAAAAUCUUUAAUUGCACAAAUGAACAGAUGGUGAUACAAAUAUAAAAGAAUAUUUGGGAAAUACACUUAUUUACUUUCUUGCCAAGAGUAAAAUGAGAUAGAUGAACUUUCUAGUAUGUAUGGUGAAUAAAAAGCUGCAGCUAGCUUAGCUUAGCAACGGGAAAAAGCCAUCCUGGAACUAAAUCUGCCCUCUCGUGCAAAGCUAACGCAAUAAAACGUAAUAUUUGUUAAAUUUGUACAGAAAAACACGAGUGAAAAAACAAGUUGGGUUCACUGUGGGUUUACAGGAAACAGUCUGGACACAUACAUUACAUCUUGUCGAGAUUUAAAGUCAAGAUUUUGUUUGAAUUAAACAAAAGAUAUUUUUUUAGCAUCUUAAAAGUUCACAAAUUAACGUAUUAUAUCUGGUUUAUUUAGUCCAUGCAGAAACUGAGCCAGGCUUCCCACCUUUGUGCUAAACUGAAGAUAACAACCUUUAAAGCAUUGAUCUUUUUAUCCAACUCUCAGCAAGAAAGUACAAAUUAUUCCCAUACGCUUGUUUAUUAGAAUUAAACUGAGUUUCUCAGUAUUAAAUAAUCGUUUCCUCAAUUAUAUUGUAGUAAAACUCUUCCUCCUCAAGCCCCACACUCCUCCAUCACACUCCAUAGUUUUCGCUAAAAGCAAAUGUUUUUUGCCAAAGGGACUAUUCAUCCACUGCAGCUCCCUCUUUAUCACUACUGCGUGGUUUUAUAGAUGACUUCAUGACGUAGAGGUGAAUGUAUUGAAGGUACCUUAAUGUAAAGCACUUUUAAAUGUUUGUCCAUCAUAGAUUUUAGUGUGUUCGACCUGCUCCCAGGAACCUGAGGGCCGCACGACUGGUUCACAGAGGCACAUAUGACACUAUACCUGAGGUCAACGACAGCACAAGCAGUGGUGAUGGGGCAUAUUGUGGAUAUGCAAAGUCAACCAAGCAUCUGUAUCUUCUCAGUGCUGUUUAAUAUCACUUUACUCGAAGCCUCGUUGGUCUGUGUUAGGUUUCGGUUUAAUGUUUUGUCAGGUUGGCCUUGAACGUGUAUGUGACGUUGACAUCGAAGAAAAAUGUUCUGUCAGUAGAUUUUGCUCAAUCUUCAGUUGACGUUUAAACUAAAACAGUAUUUUGCUUAUAAAAAGUUUUCUGUAGCAGUUUCAUCACAACCUUUGACAAUUUCUUAAUAAGUGCCUAAAUUGCUUAAUUUUGACAGAUCAAUGUAAAUAAAUGUCGCUGGCUAACAUGGUGCUGAUUCUGGUGCGACAACAACCAAAUAUCUUAGUUCAGUGCGAUGAUUUAUGUUCAUUGGAAGGAGAGAAAAUCACACUCUGGCCAGUUGACUUUCAGACAUGGGUUUAUUGUGAUAUUAUAACACAACAGUCAAACUAUACAGUCCAGUCAUGUUCAGUGUACAUUUGUUUCUCUAUAAAAAUGUUCUAUAGAUGUUUUUU